UAAGGAAGAGCCGUGGGUACCAUCGGUGGGGAUGAACGUCUGCGAACCAGACAUUUCGGAUAAACUAUUCGUUUGUAAUAGACCUGUUUACAUUGUUCCUUGAUUGGCUUCUCAUCCAAACAACGGGAUGCAUCUUCCUUUUCCGGGUUGGAUUAUUUUUAAGGCACCACCAAGAUGGCGUCUAAUACAAGAGUGUCCAUCCUCGACUACUUCAAUAUUGUAUUUGAAGGAGAAAAUGGGAAGAUUGAAUCCAACUGUAAGGCGUGUGGUACCAGGAUUCAAGCAAAGCGCACGGUCACAUCCAACUUCGUUACACACCUAAAGCGCAAACACCAGGCCAUGUACGAUGAGUUUGUGAGGCGGAAAGAUGUCAAAAGAGAAGCCUACUCGUCUGGAACCCUGCAGACCUUCUCCGCCAACACCAGCGGUGGCGGCGGGUCCAGAGCCUCCUUCCAAAACCCCGGCACCACGCAGGUGGUGAAAUUUGACCGCGGCGACCCGCGACAGACUCUGGUAUCGGAGGCCAUAGCCAAGAUGAUCGUGCGGGACCUGCAGCCGGUCCAGAUCGUGGAGAACGAGGGCUUCCGCGAGCUCCUUAAGCUGCUGGAGCCGCGCUACACUCCCGAGCCCUGCCACUACAUCCAGCAGCAGCUGCUGCCUGCAUACGCGUACCAGGUCCAGCUGGCCACCAAGCAGGCCCUGAUUGGAGCAGAGUCCUGCAGCGUGACCCUUGACCUGUGGAGAGCGGGGGCUGGGGCCGGAGCGAGCGGCUACCUGGGCGUCACCUGUCACUUCAUCACCACCGACUGGCAGAUGAAGACGGCGCUCUUGGCCUGCGUGCACCUCACGGGCCACCACAUCCCCCAGCGCGUGCUCUCGGAGUUUGAGGAGAUCUCCCACGCCCACGGCAUCGCCGGGAUGGUGUUCCGCGUGGUGGCCGACCUGUCGCCCUGUGACACCAGACCCCCGUUACGACUGCCAGGAUUCAGCCUGCACUGCAACGGAGAGGAGGACGAGGACGAGGAGGAGGAAGAGGAGAGCAGCGAUGAAGAGACGGGUGUGGGUGGUGAGGCCAAAGACGCAGCCAUGGCAGGUGUAGUAGGCAUGGAUAACAACAUGGACAGCUCCCUGGGCCAGUGCUUGGGCCGCUGCCGCAUAGACUGUUUCGCCCGCUCGCUGGGUCUGUGCGUGCGGGAAGGUCUCCGCUCCUCAACGCAGAUCUCCAUCGUCCUGGCCAAGGCGGCGUGCUUUUACAACUACGUCACGGCCACCGUGGCUCCUGAGAAACUCGGACAGGUGUUCGGCCCAGGGAUGAGUCCAGUAGCCUCCGCACAACAAGCCUCCUCCCACACCACCACCACCACCACUAGCCAGGCCGGCGACCGGCUGCUGUGGAACGUCCAGCUGAAGGCCGUGAGGCGCAUGCUGGAGUCUCUGGACUUCCUGGAGGACAUCGUGGACAGGCAGGACCUGGCCCUCAGCGGCCUGGAGAAGGCACUCCUCCGGGAGCUGGUGGAGGUGCUGGAGCCCUUUGAGGAGGCCACGGACAUGGUGCUGGUGGUGGACAAACACGUGGCCAUCAGCCUGGCUCUGCCCUGCGUGCUGGGCCUGCGCAAGCACCUGUCGGAAACGACCACCGCAACUAACACGCGACACUGCACCGCCAUCGUCGCCAGCCUGGCCCAGGCGCUCGAUCGCAGGCUAGCCGGCAUCCUGGAGGACCCGCUCUACGUGACGGCUACGACCCUCGACCCGCAGUUCAAGCUGACGUGGAGCAGCGACACCGACUGGCACAAGCAGGUGCUCCUGGAGGAGAUAGCCAAGCACACCCAGUCGCCCGCCAUCAGCCCCACCGAGGCCAGCCCCCUCGAGGCGGCCCAGGCGGCUCAACCCUCGCCGUCCAAGCGCGGCAGCAAGCUGUUCUCCUUCAUCAAGCAGAGGCCCACCACGCAGGCCAAGAGCCUGGAGCAGGAGCUGGCCGCCUACCUGCACGAGGGCCCCACGGAGGAGGAGCCGCUGCACUACUGGAGGCGCAAGUCCAUCGACUUCCCUCUGCUGGCGCAGGUGGCCAAGAAGGUGUUCACCGUGCCCGCCACCACCACGGCUGUGGAGAGGAUAUUCAGCACCGUCGGGAAGCAGAGCGCCGGGGCGGGGGCCGAGAGGUGCCGGCAACUACCAAAGAACCUGGAAACGCUUAUAUAUUUGAAGGCCAAUUAUAAGUUGCUCUGGACAUAAGCUAUAUACUUACCUAUAUACUAAGAAGCUGGUUCAGGAGUUAACCAGACUAAGUUAAGUCAAGUUAAGUUAAUUAUCUAAUAGAAGAGCCUGAAGUCUUAAGAAAAUGAGGACUCCAGACUCUUCUAUGAGAUGAUUUACCUCUUAACUUAACCUGGUUCAUUCCUGCACCAGCUUCUAGUAUACAGUAUGUACCCCCAUGGAAUUGGCCAGAGAGGAACUCUGCAGGAGCUUUCGUCUCCUGGCAUGAUUCUCUUUCAAGACUUUGACAUUGAUAAAGUUUAUAGGCCUGAUGGCUCACGUCAAGUGCAAAUCCAAAUGCAAUUUGCAAGUGCAGAGCUGCAAGUGUGACCAAAAACAUAAUCAGAUGAUCUGUCUGUUAUGUACGUACUGUAUCUUUGAAGUAACGAAUCAUUUAUAUACAACACUCUUACUGUAUACCAAUGGCAACUAAUUAAAGUAGUUUAGAACCCA